GGGGAGAGCAACAGAUGUGUCACAGGGUCUCUCUGAGACGGUGGCCCUAUAGUACACGUGAACCUCCCUCCACAGUCAAACCAGUGAGUGGAGAUCGGAUCGGCCGGAGACCUUCCCCUGAGAGGAGCUGAAUGAUGAUGGGGAUGACAAUGACAAUGGACACCUCGAGACUCCUCAGGCUCCUGAGCAUCUACUUCUGUGCCAUGUGCUUGUUUAGCACACCAGAGGGCUUCGUCAUUGAGAUGCCGUCCUCUGUGAGGGCUGUAGAGGGCAGCUGUGUAGUGAUUCCCUGCCACACGAGCAGCCACACCAGGGUGAUUUGGUACAAGCACCAGCGAUCAGGGUGGCCGGUGGUUUAUGAUGGGUGGAAUCUCCGCAAUGCUGUAGAUGGAUUUGAAGGACGCGUCUCCAUGCCGGGGAGGUCCUCAGAUGGCAACUGUUCUCUCAGGAUCGACAAUGUCAGGAUGUCUGAUGGCAUCAAAAUGUUUCCCUACAUCAACCCUGAGUCUGAUAAAUACUACAGCCCAGUUGUUGAUAUAAAACCUCAAGCGAGAACCCAACCCCAGAUAUCCAUCUCCAAGUCCCCAGUGAGGGACGGUGAAGAGUUCAGCCUGAGCUGCAGCAUCCUCCACUCCUGCCCCCCCUCUCCCCCCUCCAUCCGCUGGAGCGGCCUGACUGCCAUGUCCCCCGAGGUGCACACUGGGAAACAAGAUGGGGACCUGUGGGAGACCGUGUCUACCGUCAGGCUGACCGCCGCACAUGACCACGACCGUAGAGACGUCAUCUGUCGUAGCACGUUCGGCGAUGGAAUAACUACAGAGAGCAAGACUCUGACUUUGGAUGUCUACUAUGCCCCGGUGGAUGUGAGACUGAGUGCUGUGAAACAGACCGUUGCAGAGCGCGACAACACCACGCUGACGUGCCUGAGCAAGAGCAACCCAAAGGCCCACGUCUACCAGUGGUUCAUCAGCAACAACGGCAGCCACACUCUCCGGGUUGAUUCAACCCAGGACCGUAUCCCCAUGAAGGAUGUGCACAGGGACUUCUCUGCUUUUUGCACUGCUCAGAACACGUUUGGGAAAGGGCAGUCCGUUAAAACUUCGCUUAACGUUACUUAUGUGUCCAUAGUGUUGCCAGAGUCCUACUGCUCAGAGGCGGGAGGGAUGAUGAGAUGUGUGUGCCAGGUGGAUGCCAACCCCACUGCCACGGUCACAUGGAAGCUAAACGGCACCAUUGAGCUGCCAGGGUUCGUCAUUCCGCUUCUGACCACCAGGGGCAGUGUGAGGUCAUCUGAGUUCACCUUACAGGGAGAGCUGGCCUCAUAGGCCAGUACUGUGUGCGGCAAUCAAUAGAUAUGCCGCAGAGACACAGGAAAUGCCUCUAAAGGCUGCACAGGUAGGCCUAUCCCUGCCAGAUCUCUUUCCGUGGGUUAUCUUGGGAUGCACUUUGCCUAUUGUGGGAUUAUGUGGAUUGAUUGUGUGCUGUUGCUGCUGCCGUUCAAGAAAGAGAAACAGGAAUACUCAUUCUGCACUGUCAGUGGGAAACAUUCCACCAAGGAAUGGCUCCGAAAGCUCCAUAAACAUCAACAUGCAGAGACCAAAGACAGCAGAGAGAGCCCGCCGGCCCCGAGCCCCAAUGCCGCCCCCCGCAGAGCUAAAGUUGCAUGACAUGAGCCAGAGGGACGGCCGAGGGCAGGACCAUUAUGAUGUCUACGACAAUGACCCUUGCUUUCAGGGGCACAGGUUUCCACAGGAGCUGGAGGAGCAGGAGGAGGAUAUAUACCUGAACAACGAUGCAGACCAACAUGACGAUGCUGACAACAUUUACUUGAAUCACUGAACUUAGAGUAAUUGCACACAGACAGACAGACAGACAGACAGACAGACAGACAGACACACACUCUCUCUCUCUCUCUCUCUCUCUCUCUCUCUCUCUCUCUCUCUCUCUCUCUCUCUCUCUCUCUCUCUCUCUCUCUCUCUCUCUCCGCAGCUAAUACAGUUCCGUUAUACUCCUCUAAUGUAUUUCUUUUAUUUGUAAAUAUGUGUUUGCAUGUAAAUUAGGCUAAAUAAUAUUAAUGCUUGUAUGCAUCCCAUGGUAAUGCUGUGUAAAUAAACAAAGUAUGACUUUA